AUGGCCAGCAAGCCUUCACGCCGCGCUCAGCUUCGCGGCGCCGCGAGUGCGCCCCCCAGUGAAGGCACCGCGGGAGCAGCGCUUCCGCCUUCGCUGUUCGCUAAGGGCCCCUUCCCCUUCCGCGCUGCCCUCCUCGCCUCCGCCGCCCCCGACUCGCUUCCGCCAGGCCCUAGCGGGGCAGCGCAGCCGGCGGGCGUCGAGACGGCGGACGGCGGUCGCACUGUCACCGCUCGCUGCGCCGAGGGCGCGGAGGGGAGGGGCGAGAGUGAAGGCAGCGACGGGUUGGGCGGUCCGAGGCGAGGGCUGACGUGUUCGUGUUGCGGGGAGACGUUUGAUGACGUGGCAGAACAGCGCGCGCACUUCAAGAGCGACUGGCACCGCCUCAACGUCAAGCGCCGCGCAUGUGGGCGCGCAGUGCUGUCAGAGGACGCCUUCGCCGCGCUGCUGGACGCCAGGCGCGCGGGGGAGGGCGGGGGGGAGGCGGAGGGGGAAGGGGGAAGGCGCAGGGGCGGGCAGGGCAGUGCGAAUUCCUUGGGCGCUGUUGUGAGGGGCGGGGCGGGCGGGGCAGCGGAGCAUCAGGGGGAGGGGGGAGGCGAGGAGGACGAUGAUUGGUCGAGCAUUUCGGGGUCGGAGGACGAGGAGGGAGGGGACGACGCGGACGAGGAGCAGCAGCAGCAAGCGGGGGGGGAGGGCAGGGCGGCAGGGGCGGGGCGGGGGGCGAAGGUGCACUUCGUGCUGCCCAACACGGGCGUCACUUUCGCCCUCUGGCGCGCGCUCUUCCCCCCAGGUGCGCUCUUCCCCCCAGGUGCGCUCUUCCCCCCAGGUGCGCUCUUCCCCCCAGGUGCGCUCUUCCCCCCCCCCGGUACCCACCUCCCCACUGUGCCCACCUGCCACCUCCACGAGGAGGGCGCGGACCUGCUGCAGGCGCUCGUGGCGCUGGGGGAGGGCGCAGGGGGGGCGCACGGGGGAGCACUCAGAGGAGGGGGGGAGGGAAGCGCGGAGGCUGGGGACACGGAUGGGGGAAGGAGCAGGAGGGGCGGGGGGGUGGAUUCAUUGAGGGGCACGGCAGGCGGCGGUGCAGCACAGGUGGAGGCGGGGAGAGGAGGCACGCUGGUGGGGAAGUCGGGGGGGGAGGAGAGGGGCGGCGCGGGGCAAGGGGGGCAGCGCGUGUGGGUGGUGGUGCUGAGCUCGGGCGGGCACUUUGCUGCCGUGGUGCUGGACGCUGCUGCCCACGGCGCCCUGCUCGCCCACCGCUCCUUCCACCGGUGCGCGGGGGAGGGGGAGGGGGGUAAAGUAGUGGGGGGAAAAGGAGAAGGGGGGGCCGUGUGGGGGGAGAGUGUGCUUGGCACAGCUGCAUGGGUGGUGGGGCGAGAUUGA